UCUUCGUGCCGUUAACGUUUUGUUAUUGUUCCUACUUUUCUUUGGUGUUGAUAUAUCGAUAGAUAAUCCGCUUUGAUCUAUUUGAAGGGAAUAUAAUCUGGCACCUAAAGUAUCUAGUUGUACCACGUAACAGUAAGGAUGUCGAUCGGCGUACCCAUCAAAGUUCUGCAUGAAGCAGAAGGUCACAUAGUCACCUGCGAAACAAACACCGGCGAAGUGUACAGAGGAAAGCUGAUUGAAGCAGAGGACAAUAUGAACUGUCAAAUGACCAACAUCACAGUUACGUAUAGAGAUGGACGAGUGGCCCAGUUGGAGAACGUUUUCAUAAGAGGCAGUAAAAUUCGAUUCCUGAUUCUGCCCGACAUGUUGAAAAAUGCGCCAAUGUUUAAGAAACAAAUAGGCAGAGGUACUGGCACGGGAGUAGGAACUGGCAGAGGAAAGUCUGCGAUUCUCCGAGCACAAGCUGCACGAGGAGGUCGGGGAGGAGGAAGAGGUGAUAGAGGAGGAGGAGGGAGGGGACGAGGCGGUGCACCAGGAGGAGGCGGGGGCAACGUGUAUCAACAACGACGGUAGAAUUCUUCGUAGAAUCUUCUACCGUACAACUUUUUUUAUUUCAACGGCUUCAUCGUCGGACAGUGCCGAGGCACGUGGAACCUGCAGGAACUAUCACAGCGUUGCGAGGAAAAGCAUUUUGUUAGAGAAAUUCGUGCCGUGGCGUAUGACAAAGGCAGUGUCACGUUCCGUGUAGUGGUUCCAAGGCAGCCAAAACCUUGGGAACAGAAUUGAGACCUGAAGAGGCCUGUGUCUCACAUUGUCUAGAAAGACUUGGUCCAAUCAACGGUCAUUUCAUGGAAUGUUUCACGAUUACGAUUAGUCUGGGCGCUUCUCGUACGUUUUCUUGCUACCAAUCUCUGCACGCUGAACAUUUUUGAUUGACUUUCCAUAGGGAAAUGCGGCAUUCGGUUUCGUGCGCGGCCGUGUAAGUUUCGUCCAUUGUACUUUAUUGUUUCUGUGCCUUCUCUAGGCGUUUUCGUUUUAUUUUCUCGCCGUGUAGUGAAAUGGUGUAAAUCACCAAAACACUUCUGAAUUAUGUGUACAUUUCCAUGGCUAUCAUCUUCAUAGUUGAUUAAAUCUGUCAGAAAAUCACAAACUACUUCUAGCGAGUACAUCGUGUGUGUGGACUCUCUGUGAAAGGCAUAAAUUGUGGGAGUCCUUUCUUUGAAGGGUCACAACUUUCGUUCUGGAUAAAGCACAGGGACUGUAGACAUUAAGGUGUACAUUGUACGUCUUUAGUGAAUAAGUUUGCUGGUGUGUGUUUAUGUGUGCGUAAACAAUGUAGACAGGAAGACGAUUCUAAAAUCUAAAAAAUUGUAUUUUGACAAGUCAAACUACAAUAUUGGCGCCAUUUGUAAAGUAACAAGUACUCGUGCAAAGUUGCAUACACUGUACAACGUUUUCCUGUUCUAACCAGUCGUCCGUGUCAUCUGCUACAUGCGAUGUAUUUACACUAGAAUAAAAAUUUUCAUAGAUUUUAAAAAACG